AUGGAGGACAUCAAGCGCGAAUAUGAGGGCGAGCCCUCCAGAUUGACACAGAUACACGAGAGCAAACCGCCCAAGCGGCCGGAAAAGAUUGGAAUCGACUCCGCUAGUCGCACGAUGUCCGAGGACCCUCCAAAAAAGUCAUACAGCCAAGCCAUCUCGACCAAUAAUGCAAACAAUGAGCUGCGUGCCACCUCUGAAGCUCCGGGCUCACCGACUACCAACAGGCCGGAGAAGCCUGACAAAGCCCGCGCUGCUGAGAACCAAACCCUUUGGCGGCAGAUGGAAGAUCUACAAAAGCAACUCCGGGAUGCCAGAAGCCGGGCUGAAGGAACAGAACGAGAGCUACUGAAGCAACUCCGGGAGGCCAACAAUCGGGCCGACCAAGCAGAGCGGGCAGCCGAGGGCCUGAUACGGCAGCUCAAGGCCCGGCCUAGUGAAAUGCCGGCUAGCAGUGACGACUCGCCUGAGUCAAUCAAAAACUUGAUGGCCGAGAACAAGGACCUUAAAGCAGAACUCGACGACGCGCGAUCCCACAUCUUCAGUCUCCAACCCUACCGCAAGGACCUUACGCCAGAGGAGGUGGGCCAGGAAUUUGACGAUCUCGUCAACAACGUCACCGAUUGGGUCACCAAGCUCAUUGAACCCAUCCUUGAUGACGACGACAAGAUAGAUGAGGCUCUGGCUGUGGCAAAGAAGAAAGCACACGAGGCCAUGAGCCUCAAGCAUAAACUGCAUAGCGAUGCCGAUCUAGCUUUUGGAUGCAUGUUUCCGGACACAGACAUAGAUAUCCUCAUCACCAUUGUAAUGCGCUUUCUUCAGGACAGGAUAUUCCAGAAGGUACUCUUUGAGACUAUUCCGCACGCUGUCGAAGUUCUGUCCUAUAUUGAGAGCUCAAUGCAGACGAACGUGGAGCCAAAAAGGGACCUUUUUGCAUUGAGGACUUGGCGAGCUGAAACGAUGAAUGCUCUCAUCUGCUCUCCCGACUACCAGCGGCAAAAAGGAAUCCGGAUCAAGGAGCUCACCGUGGAGGCUGCAGCCCCUUUCAGAAUCUUCAAGAAAGACAAGGAGAUGAGCAAACUCUACUACAGCUGUCAAGAAGCCAUUAUCAAGCCGGCGGUGGCGUUACACGAGAAACUCCUUACGUCAACUCACCAUUUUUAUCUCGACCUGAACCCUUAUGUUGUAUGGAACGCCCGUCAGGAGCUAGAAAUGAGCCCAGACUUCUUCGACAACCUAUCCAAUCUGAAGUGCGAAAACAUUCUCCACAACCGGAAGUCGUUCAACGUUAGCAAGUUAGAUCCCGUGCCAACAAGGGAGCAAUUGCGCCGGGAGCUGCUGAAUGUGGUUGCCGUGGUCCCGGCUCUGUACAUGCGGCAGAUAGGGAAAGGGGAUGUCAUCAGAGAACCUACGGUAGUGCGAAUGCAGCAAGUGCUUGUAGCAUGGGGACCGCAAGAGAAGAGGGAGAGAUUUCUUGCCAAGGGAGGACGCACCAUGCUGUAUCGUCUCUGCUACCCGCCUCGGGAAAGGCAAGAACGGGCACAGGAAGGCAGCGUCUGGUCCCAUUUGAAGGGCAUACCGUGGGCCUAA